UCUCCUCCCAUUGGCGAGUUUGCACGCUUGUAAUGUCGAGCAGUCUAGCGGGGAUCGCGAUCAUGUGACAGACAGACACUCAACAGAGAAACAUCAGUCGCAAGUAAAGGAGUUUGCUCAGCGCGAGACGAAGUGAACAUUGCCGUGCUUUUAAACCCCGUUAUUCCGUUAUAUCCGUUCUCACAGAAAGGCGGGAGCGGUUAAAGUGCUGAAGUGAAGCUGGGGACGAUUAAAAAACAUUCACCGAAGACCAGACGCGCAAAUCUCAGCGGGCAUGCGGGACUUUUUGGACUUAAUUCAUCACUGUACAAACAUAUAAGAGCUGUUAUUUGCCUUUAUCAGUUUAAACCUGUAAACUGAUGGUUGUCGGCGAAACAAAUCUGCAACAUUGUGUGUGAAAGAGUAGUAGCAGGGCAAGACUUCUGGAGUAAAUAAAACGGGGGACGCAGAUUAAACCCCUCCGUCGGAUUUUUUGUCAGGGGGCAGUAGUGUUUCCCCUUAGCACGUAUUUAUUUUUUAAGGUUUUUAGGCAAAAUUUCAAACAUGGUUGGGGAAAUGGAAACGAAGGAGAAACCCAAGCCGACUCCUGAUUAUCUGAUGCAGCUCAUGAACGACAAGAAACUGAUGAGCAGCCUCCCAAACUUCUGCGGCAUCUUCAACCAUCUCGAGCGACUUUUAGAUGAAGAGAUUGGACGGGUACGGAAGGACAUGUACAAUGACACGCUGAACGGCAGCACAGACAAAAGGACGUCUGAACUCCCGGAUGCCGUGGGGCCCAUCGCACAACUCCAAGAAAAACUCUAUGUGCCUGUCAAAGAGUACCCAGACUUUAAUUUCGUGGGAAGAAUCCUGGGGCCCCGCGGCCUGACAGCCAAACAACUGGAGGCAGAGACGGGCUGCAAGAUUAUGGUGCGAGGCAAAGGAUCCAUGAGAGACAAGAAGAAGGAAGAACAAAACAGAGGGAAACCGAACUGGGAACAUCUCAAUGAAGACCUCCAUGUCCUCAUCACUGUGGAAGAUUCUCAAAACCGCGCUGAGAUCAAACUCAAAAGAGCCGUGGAAGAGGUGAAGAAACUGCUGGUCCCUGCGGCGGAAGGAGAAGACAGUCUGAAGAAAAUGCAGCUGAUGGAACUGGCCAUACUCAACGGCACAUACAGAGACGCCAAUAUCAAGUCUUCAGCAUUAGCCUUCUCGCUGGCCGCUUCUGCACAAGCUCCUCGCAUGAUUACCGGCCCCUCACCGGUCAUGCCUACCCUGCGUACCCAAGCGCCCACUGCUCCCACCCUCAUGCCCCUCAUCCGACAGAUCCAGACCUCUGCUCUCAUGCCCACGGGCACGCCUCACCCCGCCACCCUCGUACCACAGACCCCUGAGUCGGGAAUCAUCUAUGCACCCUACGAAUACCCCUACACAUUGGCACCUUCCAUCCUUGAAUACCCCAUUGACUCCAGUGGUGUUUUAGUUACGGACUGGAGAUUGAUUUGUGGUGACAUAGGUAUGGCUUUUCCAACAAAGGGCUAGUAAUGCUCAGAUGUGUAACAGCCUUCAACCUAUACAAGUGUUAAAAUGCUUUUCUUUACAGCUGCCUUGGAACAAAAACAGCCUUACAAACAAAAAACUGUAUUUUUUUAAGAAUCAAAAGACUUAAGGUCAUUAUGGAUUAUGUUUACACUGGUCUCAACUGUUUUGUUGUCUUAUUCACAGAUCUUAACAGAAUAUUUUCAGAUAAAUACUGAUAAUUAAACAUUUUAUUACAUUCCUCAGUUUGAAAUAUUUGUUUAGUGUGUAAUAUUUGGAUUACUUAUUUCGCUUGUAAUUGUAUUUUAGAUUUACAGUAUUAUUGCUAAAGUAAUAUGCUUGUGAAAAAUGUACUACAUGAAAUAACCUGUAGUGAAUUCCUUUUAUCCAAGGCAUCAUAGUGUUAGGUGGAAAUCAAGGGCUCUCUGAAAUGGUUGUUUUUGUAAAAUUGCUUAAGUAUAUCAUGGGAAUUUUACUUUGAUGGAGGUUUUAUAAGAGAGAUGUCACUAUUGCCUUGUAAUUUAGUCUUACAAACCUUGUUAAACAGAUUUUGUGCUGAGUGUAAUGUAGUUUGGUGAAUAAUCUGAUUUUAACCCUUUUGUUUUGUUGGCAAUGUUGCGCUCUGAGCAGGUGCCGUGACUACUAAAGUACGAAGGCAGGAUAUGCGCGUCCAUCCUUACCAAAGGGUAGUGAGCGCAGAACGAGGUUAGUUUAGCUCCAGUGUUUAAGCUGUGCUGUGUGUGUGUCCGUGUACAAAUGUAUUUUAUCUUAUUAAGUAGGGAUGCACGAUAUAUUGGCCGACAUAUCGUUAUCGGCCGAUAACUGCUUAUUUUUAAUGUUAUCGGUCUGAUAGCAAAAUUAGGCCGAUAAAUAAAAGCCGAUAAAUUAUGGAUUAUUUUGAUUUGUUGAACCACUUCACUUGCUCAUUGCUGGCCAUGUGGAGUUUUGAUUGGUGCUUUCUGUGACAUAGCACGAAGAUGACACGUGUUGCGGGCUUAAGAAGAGUAUGCUAGUCUAGCGCAAAGACAAGAUGUCCGCGGUCUGGGAGUUUUUCAUUGUGAAAUUAAUAUGAAUAUUUAUCGGCCUAUAUAUAUCGGUUAUCGGCCCCCAAAUAUAAAGAGUUAUCGGUUAUCGGUAUCGGCCAAAAUUUCCAUAUCGGUGCAUCCCUAUUAUUAAGUAUGCUGAUCACACUGUAUGUUUCAUUGCAUCUCCCUUAUUGUAAAACUAGUAGUUAUUUCGAACCUGCCAAACAUUAAGAUGAUCUCUGUAUCAUUUGAACAUUAUGAUGCUAUUGUCAGGUAUAUAGUAGUACAUUCCAGCCAACAGCACAAACUUGCUAACCAACCUGGCAUUGAAACUUUGGGUGUUAUCAGUGUACUUGUAUUAUUUUGAGCAUGUUCUUGGGGUCACAAUGCACUAUGAAAUCGUUACUUAAGGAAAUUUUACCUGGUUUAUUACGGAUAGUAACAACCUAUGACAGAUUAUGACGACAUUCCAGUCUAUGAGGUUUAGCGUGGCCUGAUAAAUGUAGCACUUACACGUACACUGUAAAAAGUAAAUGUUGGAUCAACUUAAAGUGAGAAGAUUUAGGUUGAAUUUUAAGUGUUACCAAAUAAAGUUAUUUCAGGGUUCCCAUGGGUCCUUGAAAUUCUUGAAAGUUUGUGAAUCUAGGGGAAAAAAUUCAAGGCCCUGGGAAGUUUUUGAAAAUAUACAUACAUAGAUACAGGUCAUUGAAAGUGCAUGAAUCUAUUUUAUGCAAGAAGUUUUCUGGGAAAAAAAUCCGUAUUAUUCCCUGUGUAGUGUAGGAUAAUAUCAUAAAAAUUCUAGACUUUUAAGCACACAUGCUAAACUGUUUGCUUUAAAUGCUUAUAUCUUGUGUAUGCCAAUGUUGAUUCAUACCAAAAUUUUGCAUAGUUGUGUUUGACACAUGAAAACGUCUCUAUACUAUUGCUCCCUGAAAAGGGAACGAGACGCUGCGUCUCGCCAUACUAUCCUGUACCACCGUCUUUGGCAAUAUAUCAGAUAGGGAUAUACUCCCUGGCUCCCGUGUCACCCCGUCUUUGUUGUUAAGUCUCACCAUUGGUUGAAUUUGAUAUACACAUUUAUGCACUUACCCCUGGAGGCGUCCCCAAAGUGUCACCGCAGUGACGCAGCGCGAGUUCCUUCAAAAGGGUACUGUAAUAAUGUAGCCUUGCUCGCACUUGAAAUGUGUCCCCACAUUUAGUCCUUGAAUUUGAGGAUAUUGGACCUAGAAAGUCCUUGAAAGGUCCUUGAAUUUCAAGUUAACUAAGGUGUGGGAACCCUGGUUGAUCCAACUUUUAAUUUUUUACAGUGUAUUAUACAUUACGACAAACAUGAUCGAAAGCUCAGUGGUUAAGGUAGAUAGAUAUUAAUGAUCCAAAUAAGGAUUUGGACACUUGUGCCACCUAAAAAUGUAUGCAAGUUUAUGCAUAUUUUAAAAACCAUCAAACCAUGUGACAGCAUAUUUUUUAAGAUGCCUCUUGGUUUUAUAUUUUGUUAUGUACUGUAGUAAAAUUAAUACAUUUUGGGUUUGACUUAAGUGUCCAAAUACUGUUGGAUCCACUAUAAAUGUUGUACAGCUAGUUUAAUAACACAUUCAGAUGCUCUAAUGUAUGUAAAAAACACAUUGGAGCAGAUAUGGAGCAAAACUACCUGUUCAGUGAGCUUUGUUACCCUGAUGAUAUAUAGUGAGAGCCUCCAGGCUCAGAGUCAAUGAAGUGUGAUGGAGCUCACCUGUUUCUUCGGUUUAUUCCUUCAUUUGUCAUUCCUCUGAUAUCUAUCUUUCACUUUUAGCAUAUUUUGACAUGUGUCGCUAAAGCAUACUAGUUUUCUUUUUCUAUUUCGUCCUUUUAUUCAACUGAAACAUUGUUUUGACUGCAUUCAACAAAAAGUGUUUUCACAUUUCGCCUGGGAACAGCUUAAGAUUUAUUUAUUUUUUCUUUAAGACUUAACUGUGGAUUUUUGAUAAGAAGCAUAAACUUAUGAUGGUUCAACAUAACCAGACCAGCAUAAAUAGUUAGGAGGAGCAAAUUGAGUGCCAAUUUUUUGGGAAGGGGAAUUUGUGAGACAGAAGCAUUCUUAAUCAUAUUUAUUUAGAAAAUGUAGUUUUUUGCAUAUUAUUUUAGUUAUUAGCUGUUUUGAUUUCAGCUCAUUUUUCCCCAUUUUGUGAUUUGUAAUGCAUUUUUCAUAAUGCGUUCUUUAGUGCGUACACUGUUUGAAAUCUUUUUAAAUUUUUAUUUAUACGUACAGUAUAUGGAUAGAUUGAUAGUUGCUUAGAGUCUGUGGCCACAUUGUGCACAACAUUCAUGACAUACUCAUUUAAAAUGCCUUACAUUAAAAUAAACUGGAUCUAAGGGAACUACAGUAUGAGCUUUUAAAGACAGCUGUAAUGAAACUGAUAAUAAACUCAUGUUACCGAAACGUAAAUGUGCCAAAACUGUACAUAAAAUAACUGGGACUCCUGCAAGAAGAAAAACUGGAGACGUGAGAACCUACUGAUCAACAAAAGUAAAUGUAAUACCCGUAAGAACUUAACAUUGCGUAAUUUAAUAACGGUCCAAUACGACUGACCAGUUUAAUGCAUAACGAUUGUGAAAUUGCACAUUAAGUCAGAUCUGUCUGUGGUUUACUGCCCAUAUAGCGUUGGACAGGUUUUUGGGAAGAACUGAACAGUAUGUACUGGAAAGAUGCUAAUAGCUUCUCCAGUUUAAAGGCAUCUCCAGGUUUUGGUCUUUUUGAAUGUUGCUGUACAUUACGUUUAAAGGGAUAGUUCACCC